AAACGUCAUUUAUUCGCAGUCGCAGUACUUCUCGCGAGAAACACAACCAGCUGGUGUGGUUUCCAGCCAUUUUAGAGCCGUCCGAAAAGUGGAAAAUUGUAAAUAGUCGGUCGAUCGAUCGAUCUGGUGAUUGUUUCCGUUUGCGCUGUCAUGGUUACGGUGCCGAAAUAAUGCACUGUCAUUACCAUUGAAAUUUUGUAUCGAAGUGAAAGUUUCGUAAGAUUAAAGGGUCGCGAAAAUUGAGUGCUACUAGUAGAUUUGUUGCCGUGGUGGAGCAAAAAUGUCACUGCUAGUGACACGACGCAUUGGGAACGUUAUAAAUGUGCGGCUCAUCAGGUUCAUCUGCACAACAAACAUCACACGGAUGGCGUCAACGACGGCGGCUGCAGCGGCCAUUGAGCUAUAGAUGGGUACUCAAAUCGUCAUAUUCUACCGCUUGUUAAUUUCUCUGUCGAAUGGCGCCAUCUGCCUUCCGGAACAGGAAUACGAUAUGGCACAAUUUUCACCUGACCUAGAAAACAGCUACGAUUACGACCUGGUCGUCAUCGGAGGCGGAUCGGGUGGACUGGCCUGCGCUAAAGAAGCCGUUCAAUUCGGUGCCAAGGUAGCGGUGCUAGACUUUGUCAAACCUUCGCCCCGAGGAACGAAGUGGGGCCUCGGUGGAACCUGCGUCAACGUUGGCUGCAUUCCGAAGAAGCUGAUGCACCAGGCCGCCCUACUCGGAGAGGCUAUUCAUGAUUCGCAACCCUACGGUUGGAAGUUCGCCGAGCCGGAAUCGGUCAAGCAUGAUUGGGCUACCCUCACCGAAUCAGUACAGAAUCACAUCAAAUCGGUAAACUGGGUGACGCGAGUGGACCUCCGGGACAAAAAGGUGGAAUAUGUGAAUGGGUUGGGUUACUUCAAGGAUGCCCACAAUGUUGUGGCGGUGAUGAAGAAUCAAACCGAGCGAGUGUUGAGCGCUAAGAAUGUCGUCAUAGCCGUUGGGGGUCGUCCCCGGUAUCCGGAUAUUCCCGGAGCACUGGAGUACGGUAUUAGUAGCGACGAUAUCUUCAGUUUGCCUCAGGAACCGGGCAAGACAUUGGUCGUUGGAGCCGGUUACAUUGGCCUGGAAUGUGCAGGUUUCCUUAAGGGAUUGGGAUAUGAUGCUACCGUUAUGGUGCGUUCCAUCAUCCUGCGUGGGUUUGAUCAGCAGAUGGCCAAUAUGAUUGGCGAUUCGAUGGUCGAGAAGGGAAUUAAAUUCCUGCACAAAACUCAACCGAAGUCGGUGGAGAAACAGGCGGACGGUAAGCUGCUGGUCAAGUACGUUUCGGACGAUGGAACCGAAGGAUCUGAUGUAUACGAUACGGUACUGUUUGCCAUUGGCCGUACCGCGCUGACGGACGAUUUGAAACUGGACCAGGCAGGUGUUGUCACUGCUGAGGGUGGAAAGUCCGACAAAUUGGACUGCGAUCAAUUUGAAAAGACAAACGUAGACAACAUUUUCGCCGUGGGGGAUGUGCUCUAUAAGAAACCCGAACUUACCCCGGUUGCCAUCCACGCAGGACGUCUGUUGGCGCGACGACUCUUCAAUAAUCAAAACGAUUUGAUGGACUACACCGAUGUAGCGACCACCGUUUUCUCCCCACUGGAGUACGGAUGCGUAGGCAUGAGUGAAGAGGAUGCCGAGGCAAAGUAUGGGAAAGAAAACAUUGAAGUCUACCACGCGUAUUACAAACCCACGGAAUUUUUCGUUCCACAACGAAGCGUCCGGUAUUGCUAUCUGAAAACCGUUGCUCUCCUCGAAGGGGACCAAAAGGUUCUGGGUUUGCACUUCCUCGGUCCGGCUGCCGGUGAAGUCAUUCAGGGAUUCGCAGCUGCUCUCAAAUCCGGACUGACGAUGAAGAUCCUCAAAAACACCGUCGGCAUCCAUCCGACCGUGGCCGAAGAAUUCACCCGACUGCUGAUCACAAAGAGCUCCGGUUUGGAUCCUACCCCAGCCACCUGUUGCAGUUAAACACUCGGAUGAAAUUACAUUGUGAGUGGUUUUUUGAGGGUAAACUUAUCGGUUGACAGGCUCAAUCUAUUUGAGAGAGGCUGUGGAAGAUUUUUUUUGUGUGCAUGUCGAUCAGCGCACUGUGUUAAAGCCUUUUCGAUUCCAUUAAUAAAACGACGAGUGGAAUCGGUAAUCUAACUAAGCCAGGAAAACAACAUUGUAUGUUAGUCGUUGAUAAAGAUAAAAAAAAACAAUAAUCGAUAAAUCACUGAAAUUAGUAAAGUAAAUAGUUGUUAGAUUGAGAAGAAAAAAAAAACGAUCAAAGAUCAUGCACGAUUCCUUAAGUUAGACACAAGUGAAAUACGAAACUACUAAUUUACUACACCACUUCAUACAUACUCUGGCGAAAGCAAAAAAAAACAUAUUUGUGCAACAAAAAAACGAAAUAAAAGACACAGUGUAACUGCA